GAAUGCGGCGCGGUGGGAGGGUUUUGGUAGUCUGACGACAAGUGCACUAAUGGCAGGUCGAUGAAGAGGCACGGAGCACUGAGCUGUCCGCUGAGUUGGGGGCGUUAAUUUCAAACUUGGAAUUGCGUGUUUUCGUGUCUGCAAAGUGGAAAUCCCGAACGGGGGGGGCCCCAUUUCUUAAUUUCGAAGUUUCUUUCCCGUCUUUCCUUCCCACCCCACCAUACACACACCCGCUAACACGCAUUUCGCUCCAUCAUCAACUUCAUUACCUUCUCAGUUCACUACAGGAGUAGUGAAAUCGAAGCAUUUCGCGCCCACCAUCGCCCUUUUUCUUCCCUCAGGAAGUCAAAAAGAUGGCUGAUGACACAGGAGUUGGAAAAGAUGAAAAGAAAGAGACCAUUUCUACUGCCACUGGGAAUAGAAAGAAGCGCAAGGGACUUUUUUCCAGAAUUUGGAAUGCAAUAUUUAGAACACAUGGGGAUGAUUUUGAAAAGAAACUAGAAUACAUUUCUAAAGAAGAAGCUGUUGUUCUGGCUAGGAUGAGUAGGAGAUCUCGAUCUUGGAGGCGAACAACCCGGCACCUCAUCUUAUUUUCUGUUAUAUUUGAGGUCAUUGCUGUAAUAUAUGCUAUGAUGAUGACGAGAUCAAAAGAUAUCAAUUGGAAGAUGAGAGCAAUCCGGAUUUUGCCUAUGUUUCUUUUGCCUGCCGUAUCAACCGCUGCCUAUUCAACAUUUAUCAGCUUUGCAAGGAUGUUUGAUAGAAGGGACCAGAAGAUUCUUGAAAGACUUCGAGCUGAAAGGCAAGCAAAAAUUGAUGAGCUCAAAGAGAAGACACAUUAUUACAUUACUCAACAGCUCAUUCAGGUGAUCGUCUGUUGCAACUCUUGUUAUGUAGCUGUUAUCUGUAAUCCUUUUGUGCUUUAUUAUAUUUUAUUAUCUUUGGUGCAGAAAACUAUCUUUGGAAUAUAUUCAUCUGUCCAUGGUGAGAAAUUCAAAGCCAUAAGCCAAAGGACACAUUGUAAUCAAUCCUUGGGAAAGGGUAAUGGUUUUUCUAUGUCAUUUUCUAGAUCCACUAGUCCUGGGACAACUACACCUACGAAUUCUAAUCAACAAUUUGUCGGUUCAGUAAGUACUGAUCAAUCACUUAUUUCUAUGCAUAAUCAGCUUGAAACAAUUGUUGGACGUCACCAACCUCAAAGUUCAACCACACAUGACGGGGGGUGGAUUGCUCGAAUUGUAGCAUUGCUUGUGGGUGAGGAUCCGAGGCAGUCCUAUGCACUCAUAUGUGCUAACUGCCAUAUACAUAAUGGUCUUGUUCAGAAGGCAGAUUUCCCGUAUAUUACUUACUAUUGCCGGCACUGCCAUGCCCUGAACAAACCAAAGGAAUUGGAUGAGCGCAUAUCUGGUUUGAGUUCCCAAAAUAUGGGGCAUCCAAAAGCAGACGAGGUGGCUCAAACUGCUAGUGCUUCUCCAGGUGACGGUAUAAUCACAAACAACAGUCCAGUAAAUGCUAGCCUUGAGAUUGAGGAAGUAUCCAAAAAACCAAGUUUGGAAGAGAGAGUUGGUUGAAAGAUACAUCUUUCUUUAUGAAUAGAAAAGGACUGUUGGUUUUAGAUGCCUAACGUCUUACCUCUUUUGUAGCCAUAAAGGAGAACAACUUUGCUGUUGCUUUCCUUGAGUUGGUUUUGUGACCUCAACAGAACUGAGAUAUGUCGCCUUGAAACUCUCAGUUGUGAUGCAUAGGUUGCAUUGCACGCAUCACUUGCAAGUGAAGGCAAUUUUGGAAUUUUGGUGAUUAACCUCUAGUGUUCUGAAUUCCUGACUGUAUACUGUUGAACUUGGAUUGCCCAUGAAAUAUCUUAUAAAGCAAAAUUAUUUCUUCCUACAUAGUCGAGUCCUUUAAAAUUUAAUA